AGAAAGUAACCCUCUUACUUUAAAUAGAAGCCUAUUUUUAAAGUGACUCAGACAAAUAAGAGGAAAAAUAGAUCCUUAAGUUCUACGCCAAAAAUUAGCUCAUUUGAGCAAUCAGAGAAUGGAAAGGGAAAUCAUCACAAAAACAGCCAGGUGAAAAGAUUUCAAGUUUAACAGAGAUGAAUCAAAUAUGAACUCAGCUAGUACACUAUCAUUGAAUGGACCAUUAAAGGAUAGCUCUGCUCUCUUGAAAUCUUCUACUCAGAAAUAUGAAGAGUCAAAGGAACAAUAUGAUUCAGACAGCAAGUCUCACUCUCAAAGAGAAGCCGAUAAUGAACCUUAUAAGCCUGCAAGCCGAAGCAACUACUCUUCAACUGUCACACAAAUAUUACAAACGUGGUUUGAGGCUCAUAUAGAUUACCCAUAUCCCACAGAGCAAGAAAGAAUCGAGCUUUGUGAGAAAACUGGACUUACAAGAAAGAAACUUAGAGUUUGGCUUAUAAACUCAAGAAAGAGAAAAACAGACAAGAUUAUCAAGAAGAUGAACCCUAAAGACCUCAAAAGAGGUUCAAAUCCAGCAUCUUAUAAGCCAAGGGUGCCACCAUGCUUGAAUGAUCCUCAGCCAGACAGGUCCCGCCCUAUGCCUAUUUCUCCGAAGAUUAAUGUCUUCAGUCUGAUCCAGGAGUACAACUCAAGAACCAUAAGAUUCUAUCAGAAGAAAAUGCAGGAGACUUGUGAAAGGAAGCUUAAUUCUUUUUGUCGAAUGCUGAACAAGUAUUGAUUUUGAGACAAUAUCGAUUUCGACCCCAAGAAUAUGGACAAUAAAGAAAAAGAAGAUUAAGAAAACGCCUCAAGUUGCCAUUACAAGUGCC